AUGCAAAUUCCUAGUAGGCCGUUACAACCGGUUUUCUCGCCGGAGGAACCGCUUUACGUCGAAGCUUAUCAAACUCUCUUCGCGGGAACGGACAUCCAUUUUUUGAACGAAGGAAAUUCUAUAAGUAGAGACGAUUAUUCCAAGGAUUAUACGCUAUUCGCUUUUGAUCUCACACCCGACCUAUCAGCUAAUUACGCGGGACAUUGGAAUCUCGUGAGACAUGGUAGUUUACGAUUAGAAGUGCGAUUCGAGAAGGCUCUCACAGAGACCGUUAAUUGUAUUAUUUACGCCGAAUUCGAUAAUGUAAUAGAAAUCGAUUCGUCUCGUCAAGUCAUCGUCGAUUUUGCCGGAUAG